AUGGCGGUGUAUUCAGAUAAAAGCCAAUUGCAACUUUUCGACUUACAAGAUAACGAUAGAAACCGAGAAACUCUGAUUGAAAAAGGAUGCGGGCCCCUGCGGACAUCUAUGGGGACCAUAAUAGAACAGGAAACCAGAAUAAAGGGAAGCAGUAAAAAAAUACAUGAAAAGUUUUCUUUUACAGAAUUACCAUUGGAGAUAGAACCAAUAGCGAACAAGUUUGGUGUAUUUGCUAACAAUGAGAUAUGUUUAUCAGAUAUUAAAGUGUAUGGGUUUGAUUAUGACUACACUUUAGCUUCCUACAAGGAUGAUUUACAUCACGUGUUGUAUGAUCUGGGUAAAGAAGCUCUUAUAGAAAAAUACAAGUAUCCAAAAGGUAUUGGAGAACAACAUUUCAACCCGGACUAUAUACUUAGAGGUCUACAUUAUGAUAUAAGGAAGGGUUUACUGAUGAAAAUAGAUUCCUAUCAUAACAUACAGCUUGGUACAGUUUACAGAGGAACAACAAAAUUGUCAGACAAUGAGGUGUUGGAGUUGUAUAAAGGAACACAUGUACCAAUAAGUGAUAUGAACACAUUCUAUGGCUUUGGUCCUAUGGUUCAGUUAGUAGACAUGUUUGCACCUCCAGAAAUGAAUCUCAUAACUAAUGUAACUGAUUAUUUUAUAGAGAAUAAUAUACCAUAUGAUCCAGAAUAUGUGUUUUAUGACAUAAGAAAUGCAGUACAAAGUGUCCAUACAUCAGGUCAAUUACACUCGACAAUCAUGGGAAAUUUAGACAAAUACCUAGAGAAUGGUCCACACAUUAAAAAGAUUCUAGAAAGACUUGCAAAUGCUGGGAAGAAAUUGUUUAUCAUCACAAACAGUGGUUUUCCAUUUAUAAAUUCUGGCAUGAAGUAUAUGGUUGGUGAAAAUUGGAUUGACUUAUUUGAUGUAGUUGUUGUCAAUGCAAGAAAGCCAAAAUUCUUUAAUGAAAAUACAAGACCAUUUCGUUUGUAUGAUCCACAGAAUGAGAAUUCUUGGCAUAGAGUAAAACAUCUGGAUAAAGGUCAGGUCUAUAUACAGGGAAAUUUUCUUGAUUUUCAACACAUGACGGGCUACUAUGGUUCAAAAGUUCUCUACUUUGGUGACCAUGUUUACACAGAUUUAGCUGAUCCAUCAUUGAAGCAUAGUUGGAGGACAGGUGCCAUUAUUCCUGAAUUAGAGUCAGAAAUAAAGGUGAUAACUUCAUCGGAUUAUAAAGCAUCUGUUAGAUGGUUGAUUGCUCUUCAACAUUUGAUAGAGGAAAUGCAGGAGGCACAGAGCUGUCAACAGAAUGCUGGCAGUACAGAGAGCCUUGACAUGAUACCAGAGUUAUUAGAGGAAAGAUCUCAGCUAAGAUCUCACCUGAAGUCAUUGUGUAAUGACAGAUUUGGAAGUAUGUUUCGUACACAUCACAACCCGACAUACUUUUCACGUCGUAUGGCAAGAUUUGCUGACAUCUACACAUCAUCUCUCACCAACCUAUUACAGUACUCUGUAGAUAAUACAUUCUACCCACGGAGAACUGCCCUACCACAUGAACCGUACCCGUUCAAUGAUCCUUCACAUGCACAAUGUGUUAAACCAAUAUGAUCUUAUACAGUCAACCUGUGGUUCUGAUUUAUCUGAAUCAAAAAUAUAAGAUCAGUAAAAUUUGACUUUAUGUAAAAGAAGAUGGAACUUGUACUUAGAUAGUGUCUACAUGAAGCAAUGCUAAGUCUUGUUUAAGGGCUUGAUUCCAACCAAUUGUAAAUUGUAUGAAGUAAAGAUGACAUACUACUGUGUAUGAAGCCUUCUAUAGUAGUUUUACAGCCUGACUGUACAGUUAACAUUACAAUAUUGACUUGUCUGUAAGACAUCUUGCUGCUACUGACAAGGUCAGACAUAGAUAUGAAAAUCAACUGUGGUAAACAUUUAAGAAAUUAAGAGUUUCAUUUUAAUUUUUUUGAAAAUUAUGUUAACAUAAUUAAGGAUUUUAAACCUCUUUCUUGCUAUAUGAGAGUGUAGAACUUGUUUGCAAAACCCUAAUUGUGAUAUUUUGAUUACUUAUUAUAGUUUUAGUAAAAUGUACAAGAAGUGUUUGUAAUUAUGUAAAUAUUGUAUUUUUAUAUCAGCAUUCAUGUAUUUGAGAUUUUAUCAUUGAUACCAGUGAUUUUUAUGCUUUAAUUUUAUCUAUUUUAACAGGAAGUAAGAGGACUUUAUAUAAUGUUGUUGUUGACAUACUUGUUUUAAAUCUCUUUGUUUGCAUUGAUGUAUAUUUUAGUAGUACAGCUGAAAGCAAAAUGUGCCACUUUUAUUUUUAAAGCUCCACAAGUAACAAAACUUUAUAGUUCUUUUGAAUAUUAUUCAUAAAAAGCAGGUAACCUUUUCCCCAAACAAAUAUAAUAGUUUGUAGUCUCAUGUGAUACUUAGGGUAACUUAAUUUUUUAUCAAAAAAUGCUUUUACCUCAUUUUUAUAUUUCUGUAUUUAGACAAUAUCUUAUUUUAAAUAAUUGUCCUAUUUUACAUUGGUUGCCUUUAGGGGAUUUUUUUUAUGCUUUGCUUUAGUUCAGUUGAGAGGCAUUAGAAAAGUACAAGAUACUCAAACAUGUACAGUUUGUUUUUGUGUUUGUUAGUUUUAGCAAUGAAAGUUUUAUAAUCUGAAUGAUAUAAAGAGAAUAUAUGGUUGAUGUAGAGAUGGAGAAGAUUUAUCAAGUGAUCGAGAAAGUGUAUGAUAUCUUAGCGAGCUUUAGCAAGUCAAAAUUCAAUUUACAACAAACUGGAUAAACCUUUUCCAUUCUGAAAUCAACCAUGUAUUCGAUUUAUCCUGCUUUUGUCUCGUUUAAUCAUGUUUUUAGAUUAUUAAAAUGGUUUCAUUCUUACUUUUUCUCCAAUAAAACAGCAUCUGUAUGUAGUUUUCUUUGCUGCUAACCAUGUCACAUAAUGACUUGAGAUAGAAUAGUUUAUCUGGCAAUAAUAUAGACAGUAGCAGGAUAAAAAUAUGUGUAUACAGCGACUAUUGACUGUAGUUAAAUACCUCAAGUAUAAACUGUGUUGGGCAUUUUAAAUGUGCUUUAUUUUAGUUUGAUUGUGAUAAGAGUAUAUUUUAGAUUAGUUUAUAUGAAUUGAUUUUAAUUUGAUUGUGUUGGAAGCUAUAAGUUUAUUGAAACAUUCUGGAAUCCAUGCCUGGAACCAACCAGUAUUGUUUCUUUACAUUCAUUGAAAGUUUAAUUAGUGACUUACAUGAUACAAGAAAAUAUAGUUAUGACUCCAAUACUGCUUAUGAUCAUUUAGCUGACUUAACCACUUGCCUACUUGUUGUUAAGAUAACUAAAACAUUACGGAAGUACUGUUAUGACAAUUUUCUUCGAGACAUUUCACAUAUUGGUGUAUAAAUUAUUAAAGUUCAAACAAAUGUUUAUAAUUUAUAGUAUUAGAGUUUCUAGUACAUAACGCAUGUUUUAGUGAUAGGCAUUUUAAAUUUUAUUUUGUGAUUUAAUAGUUGUUUUUAUUUUGUUACUGUUUUAAUUAAAAUUUAUACAAGAGAUAAA